AGCUAGUUAGAGAGACAGAGAGAGAAAGAGAGAGAAUUUAAGAGAUUAAAUCUUAGGAUCCCUGGUCUGUAACAGAAAGAAAUCCUAGGGGUUUUCAAGUUGUCUCCAGUCAUCUAGCCAGUGAAUGAUAAAAUCAAGAUUACAGCCCACUUUUCCUGACAUCAUGGAUUAUUCUUUCUUCCUUGCCCUCAUUAACUUCCUUUUCCUUGCCCAAGGAACUCAUCAUGUUUAUGGCUCAUGCACUGGAGGACUUUAUGAAGCGGACGGGGAGUGCUGUUACCCCUGCGAUCCAGGUUAUAGGCGUAUCGGGCCAUGUAAUAUAAUGAGAGGCACCAGAUGUGUUCCUUGUGAUCCUGAGACCUAUACCACACACAAGCAUGUCCUGAAGAAGUGUCUCCCAUGCAAAGUCUGUAACUCUGAGCUCGGUUUGGUGACCAAAAGAGAAUGUUCAUCUACCUCCAACACUGUGUGUGGCUGUUCCCCGGGUUAUUUUUGCACUGACAUGAAAGAUGAUGAUUGUGAGCUAUGUGCGCCUCAUCGAGUUUGCAGCCCUGGCCAAUAUGUAAAGGCUAAAGACACAGAGAGAAACAACACCAUCUGUGAAAACUGCCAGGCAGGGACAUUUUCCACAAAUGGGACCCUGGACCAAUGUUUGCCAUGGACCAAUUGUACUGCCCAGGAUCUGUAUGAAGAAAGGCCAGGCACUGCCAUCACUGAUGCAUGGUGCUCACCACUCAGUCACCAUCAAAAAAAACCACGUCAGCAUUACAUCAUCAUCAUCAUCAUCAUCAUCAUCAUCAUCAUCCUCUUCCCCAUCAUCAUCAGGCGUAUUAUCAUUUUGGUGUGUAGAAGGAGAUGGAGAAACAAUCAGAUGGGUAUCAAGGAGCCAUAUUCACCUUCGUCAUUGAGAGUUGGAGAAGACCCUUGAAAUGAAGGAGAAGACCCAAGAAACAUUUGGUUGUUCCAUCUUGGACAACAUGUGCCACUGAAAGAGCCUGACUGUUAGCCCCAUGUUUAUAGCAAUUGACUCAUGAAUAUAAAAAAUUGUUGAUGAGACUGCUGCAGGACUUUAAAACAGCAGGAAUCAUUAGAUUCCCUGACACAUGAAAUAAUGUACAAUAGAUUAGUGUUGGACUAUCUCUUGGCUGCUGAAGGAGGUGUAUGAGUGAUUGUUAUUUAUAUACCCUCCUUCUAGGACUUAUGGACGUGUAUAAUUCCUCAUAUUGAUUCAUGCUUUUUGUUACGUCACUACUAGCCUGUGUUAAAUUACUAUGUGCUUGUGUUAUACCUCCCAUAAUGAUGGAUUUAUGUAUACUGGUUUCAAAUAAGACCCUUCAGCCCAGAGAAAACUUGCUAACAAUAUUUGGCUUGAAUUCCCAUUUCCCUUUGGUGUUUUCACUUCCCUUCUUGAGAAGUCAGGGCAGCUGUUUGUAGUGGCUAGAAACUGGAAAUUGAUGCCUAUCAAUUAGAGAAAGGCUGGGUAAAUUGUGGCAUAUGAAUGUUACAGAAUAUUAUUGUUCUGUAAGAAAUGACCAGCAAGAUCAAUACAGAGAGGCUUGGAGAGACUUACAUGAACUGAUGCUAAGUGAAAUGAGCAGAACCAGGAGAUCAUUAUACACUUCAACAAUGAUACUGUAUGAGGAUGGAUUCUGAUGGAAGUGGAUUUCUUUGAAAAAGAGACCUAACUCAGUUUCAAUUGAUAAAUGAUGGACAGAAGCAACUACACCCAAAGAAAGAACACUGGGAAACGGAUGUGAACUAUUUGCAUUUUUGUUUUUCUUCCCAGGUUAUUUUUACCUUCUGAAUCCAAUUCUCCCUGUGCAACAAGAGAACUGUUCGGUUCUGCACACCUAUAUUGUAUCUAGGAUAUACUGUAAAUAUUUAACAUAUAUAGGAUUGCUUGCCAUCUAGGGAAGGGGGUGGAGGGAAGGAGGGGAAAAAUCGGAACAGAAGCAAGUGCAAGGGAUAAUGUUGUAAAAAAAAUUACCCUGGCAUGGGUUCUGUCAAUAAAAAGUUAUUAUAAAAUAAAAUUAAAUUAAAAAAAAAAGAGAGAGAAGUCAGGGCAGGCAUGACCACCUGUGUUUAAAAACAAAAGAAAGUGGGAGAUAUAGAGUGUAGAAACUCUGGAAAGGUAUACCUGAAUCAAGGAGCAAAGGAUUGUUCUUUUCAACAAUGAGAUGAUUCAAGCCAAUUCCAAUACACUUAUAAUGGAGAGUCAUCUACACCCAGAGACAGGACUGUGGGGAAUGGAUGCAGAUCAAAGCAUAGCAUUUUCACCUUUUUUGUUGUUAUUUGCUUGUUUGUCUCUUUUCUCACUUCCCCCCCUUUGAUCUGAUUUUUCUUGUGCAGAAUGACAAAUGUGGAAACAUCUUUAGAAGAGUUAUACAUGUUUAACCUGUAUCUGCUGUCUAGGGGAGGGAGAAAGGGAAGACUGAGGGAGAAGAAUUUUGAACAAUUUUUUUUGCAAGGAUGAAUCUUGAAAAUUAUCUUUACACAAAUUCUGAAAAAUAAAAAGCUAUUAAUUUUAAAAA